GUGAGGGCACAGUGGUAAAGGCCGCGACGACGCCGGGCGGUGAUUGGCUGAGGCAGCGCGCUCGCCCGCUCGCCCUCCGUGGGUCGUUCAGUCUUUCCCGCCAUGUCGUUUUUGGGGAGCGGAGAUUAUCUGCGUCCGCGGAGUCGCCUGGUGGGCACUCCUGCCUCUCACUCUCGGCCUUUGAAUUCCGUCUUCUCUCAGGGGGAGAGCUGGGGCGAGGACGAACUAGACGGAGAGGAAGGCGGCGAUCGAGUGGCCCGCGACUUGCGGGCGGAGUUCUCGGCCCCGGCGUCGACCGAGCCCCGAAGGGGCUGGCUGCCCCCACCCCGCGGGGAUAGCUCGCCGGUCCUGCCGGACAAGCGCAACGGCGUCUUCCCCGCGGCUGCGGGCAGCCGGUUCCGGGCUCGGCGGUGGCCUGUCCAGGUGCUGUCUGUUCUCUGUUCGCUGCUGUUCGCCGGCCUCCUCGCUUUCCUCCUGGCCAUCGCCUACCUGGUCGUUAAAGAGUUACAUGCUGAGAAUUUGAAAACUGAAGAUGUAGAUACUGGGCUGAUAGGAUUCUGGACUCUACUUAUAAUAUCGCUAAGUGCUGGGUUCUCGUGUUGUAGCUUUUCUUGGACAGUGACUUAUUUUGAUUCUUUUGAGCCGGGAAUGUUUCCUCCUACUCCUCUUUCACCUGCCAGGUUCAAAAAACUGACUGGACAUUCUUUCCACAUGGGCUAUAGCAUGGCAAUUUUGAAUGGUAUUGUAGCUGCUCUUACUGUGGCAUGGUGCCUCAUGUAAACCCGCAAUGGAGAAAUAUUGUUGGCAGAAGUCAUGAAUUUUUCGUAAUAACGGAAAAGAACUUCAUUGCCUACUCCGAAAGCUAAGAAGAAACCAUUGGUUCAAAUAAUAUUAUGGAGGAUCUUCAAAAGCAUCAUUGUAGAGUUCAACUAUUAGGAAUAUCUAGUACUAAGCUUAAUGGACAUUUUUACAAGGAUAAGAUGUUGACCUCAUUUUUUGUGUCUGUAGUUCUUAUAAUUUAUAGAAAAUGUAAUGCAAGACAAUGCCUUUCCAUGUAUAUGCAAAACUUUUGCUAAGGAAUCUUGAUGUUGUUUGGGGUAGAAAUAAUCUUACUUAGACAUUCUAUUAGAAAGUGGUGCCUAUUACUCUGACAUUUUAUAAAAUCUACUUUUAAGUCAGAAUGGUUUUGUACCCAUAUAAUCAGUAGAAGGUGCAUUUAUAUUUUAUAUGGAACAGUUCUUUAUGUACAGUUUUUAACAUAUUUUCUUACAGAUUGAAUUUAUAUGUUUUUAAAAUUAUGACAUCUAGAUGACUGUAAAUGCUUAAGUGGUGCAAACCUAAUACUUGCAAUUUUUCCCAAGUAUUUUGUCUUUAAAAAAAAAUUAAAAGGAGCAUUGAUGUAAGUUUAAAAUUUUUAUUUUUACGAAAAUGACUAAAAGAGAAAUUAUGUCAUUAAGACACUGAAAAAUUUGAGGUUUACUAUUUUGUACAAUUUUAAAUAUUUAUCUUGUACAUAUGGUCACUUCAAUUUAUUUUGUUUUGAAUA